GUGGACGGGGCGCUGGCGCCCGGCGGGCUCGACACCUACCGGCUGCACUCGCCGCCCGGCGCCGCCGUGGCCGUGGUGGGCUCGAGCGGCGUGGCGGCCGCCGCCGGCCUCUACCGCUACCUGCGCGACUUCUGCGGCUGCCACGUGUCGUGGUCCGGCGCGCAGCUCCGCCUGCCCGACCCGCUGCCCCGGCUCGCGGCCGAGCUCCGCGCCGUCAGCCCCGGCAGGUUCCGCUACUACCAGAACGUCUGUGCCCAGAGCUACUCGUACGCCUGGUGGGACUGGGCGCGCUGGGAGAGGGAGCUCGACUGGAUGGCGCUGAGCGGCAUCAACCUGGCGCUGGCCUUCGCGGGCCAGGAGGCCGUGUGGCAGCGGGUUUAUCUCUCCUUGGGCCUCAACCAGUCCGAGAUAGACGCCUACUUCACAGGGCCGGCCUUCCUGGCCUGGAACCGCAUGGGCAACCUGCGCGGCUGGGCCGGGCCGCUGCCGCGCGCCUGGCACCUCAAGCAGCUCUACGUGCAGUACAGGGUGCUGGAGCGGAUGCGCUCGCUGGGCAUGAUCGCGGUGCUGCCGGCGUUCGCGGGCCACGUGCCCCAGGGCGUCCUCAGGGUGUUCCCGCGUGUCAAUGCCACUCGCCUCGGCGCCUGGAGCCACUUUGACUGCGCCUACUCAUGCACCUACUUGCUGGACCCGCAGGAGCCCAUGUUCCAGGUCAUCGGGACCCUCUUCCUCAAGGAGCUCAUCAAGGAGUUCGGCACGGACCACAUCUACAGCGCCGACACCUUCAACGAGAUGGCGCCGCCCUCGGCCGAGCCCGCGUACCUCGCCGCAGUCAGCAGCGCUGUCUUCAGGGCCAUGACCGGAGCCGACCCCGAGGCGCUGUGGCUCAUGCAGGGCUGGCUCUUCCAACACCAGCCCGAUUUCUGGCAGCCCGCGCAGGCGCGGGCGCUGCUGCGCGCCGUGCCCCUCGGCAGGAUGAUUGUGCUCGACCUCUUUGCCGAGUCCAAGCCCGUGUACCCGUGGACGGAGUCCUUCUACGGGCAGCCCUUCAUCUGGUGCAUGCUGCACAACUUCGGCGGCAACCACGGCCUCUUCGGCGCCGUGGAGGCCCUCAACAGCGGCCCCUUCGCGGCGCGGCGCUUCCCCAACUCCACCAUGGUGGGCACCGGGCUGGCGCCCGAGGGCAUCGAGCAGAACGACGUGGUGUACGAGCUGAUGAACGAGCUGGGCUGGCGCCACGAGCCCCUCGAGCUGGCGAGCUGGGUGACACGCUACGCCGAGCGCCGCUACGGCACCGCCAGCACCGCGGCCGCCCGCGCCUGGCGCCUGCUGCUGCGCAGCGUCUACAACUGCACCGGCCCCUGCGUCAACCACAACCGCAGCCCGCUCGUGCGGCGGCCCUCGCUGCGCAUGGACACGGCGCUCUGGUACAACCGCAGCGACGUCUACGAGGCCUGGCGGCUGCUGCUGAGCGCCGCGGGCGAGCUGGGCGCCAGCGGCACCUUCCGCUACGACGUGGCCGACGUGACGCGCCAGGCGGCCCAGCAGCUCGUCGGCGACUACUACGUGCUGAUCCGCGAGGCCUUCGAGCGGCGCGCGCUGCCCGAGCUGCUGGCGGCCGGCGGCGUCCUGCUCUACGACCUGCUGCCCGAGCUCGACGGCCUCCUGGGCAGCCAGCGCCUCUUCCUGCUGGGCCUCCAGCUGGAGGCCGCCCGCGCCGCCGCCACCAGCGACAGGGAGGCCGAGCAGUACGAGCUCAACGCGCGCAACCAGCUGACGCUGUGGGGGCCCAGCGGCAACAUCCUGGACUACGCCAACAAGCAGCUGGGCGGGCUGGUGCUCGACUACUACGGCGUGCGCUGGAGCCUCUUCGUCUCUGCGCUCGUGGAGAGCCUCAACUCGGGCACCCCCUUCCACCAGGAGCAGUUCAACCAGGCCGUCUUCCAGGUGGAGCGAGGCUUCGUCUACAACGGGAAGCGCUACCCGGCGGUGCCCGCGGGGGACACGCUGGAGAUCGCCAGGAAGAUCUUCCUCAAAUACUACCCCAGGGCCGUGCGCCGGGCCGGGCCUGUGUGACGGAGCUGCCGCCGGAGCCUCCCCGAGGGGCAGGGACCCUGUGUUGUCGCGUGCCGAGGCAGCCGCAGC